AUGAAGCUGUGGCUGCUGGUCAACAGCCCCUGCGUCCACUCGGUACGCUGGGACGCCCACGGCGAAGGCCUGUUCAUCGACCAGGGGCUCUUCGAGCAGGAGCUGCUGGGCGUGGGGCUCAGCGCCGCCGGGGAGGAGGAGCUCUUCAAAACCAAGAACUUCGGCAGCAUCGUCCGCCAGCUCAACCUGUACGGGUUCCACAAGCUGACGGUGAGUCCCGCCAGCAGCACGGUCGGGUCCAGACCGAGGCCGGCCACGGCGGUGGGCGAUACCAGCUACGCUGAUGGGCCCCUGCACCACUUCUGGAACCCGCAUUUUCGCUACGGCCGCCCGGACCUCCUCGUAAAGAUCAAGAGACUGACCAAGGCCAACAAGGAGAAGCUGGACGCUGGCCUGGAGGUGACCAGCCGUCUGCCCGACGACUUGCAGUACAUUACUGGAAGGGGACUUGCUGCUGUGGCCCACGUCCCUCGGCGAGGUCGGAAGGACCGGACAUUUCCAGUGGCUGAGCUGAUGUGUGGUCAUGUGUUCCCCCUGGAAAAGAGAGACAUAAGUUGGAUAAACAACAAGACAGAAAGACAAGGGAGGUCAGGAGGAGUUUGUCAGGCUUGCAAAGGAAGAAGCAGGGACAUACCUGCACACCACAUUAUGAAGGAGCAGAAGCAAAACUCAUGCCUGGACGUCUGUAACAGGCAAGGCUUCUUAGUUUAGACAAAUUGCCAGCAGGG